CACGCCCCGCUCCGCCGCUCGGGCUCCCCCCCGCGUCCUGCACCGGGAGGAGGCGGCGGCGGCGGCUGGGGCAGGGCUACUGAUUCCAACCGCCCCCCUUCCAAAAAAAAUAAUAAUAAUAAUAACAAAAAAUAAAAAAUAAACCCCAACCGGGUGCCUCCCGGUUCCCUUCGCCGGCCAUGCCGGGACCGCGGCGGGACCGGCCGGCCGUGCUGCUGCUGCUCGGGGCGCUGCUGGCCGCAGACCUCUACUUCCACCUCUGGCCGCGGGUGCGCAGGGAGCUGGCUCCGGAGGGAGCGGGGGGUCCGGGCUGCCCCUGCCGCCCCCCUCGUCCCGCCGCCGCCCCCGCCCCGCCGCCGCCGCCCCGCGGCCGCGCCGCCUCCGCGCUGCGGCGCCUCUUCGGGCACCCGCUGUACCGCGCCGCCGCGCCCCGCGGCCCCGCAGAGCCGCUGCUGGGCGCCCGCGAAGCCCUGCGCUACUACCGGCGGAAAGCGGCCCGCUGGAACAGGAGACACAAGCUGUACAGGGAGGAGCUCAACCUGACGUCCCCAGCCACGCUGCUGCCGCUGCGGCCAGAGGCCAGCUGGCUGCAGUUCCACCUGGGCAUCAGCCGCGAUGGGCUCUACCCUCGCUCCAGCCCCGCCGUCAGCAGGCUGCUCCGGGACAUGCGGGACUUCUCCACCGUCAGUGCCGACUACAGCCAGGACGAGAAAGCUCUGCUGGGAGCCUGCGACUGCAGCCAGAUCGUGAAGCCCAGCGGCGUGCACCUGAAGCUAGUCCUCAGGUUCCAGGACUUCGGGAAAGCCAUGUUCAAGCCCAUGAGGCAGAAGCGCGAGGAAGAGACACCCGAGGAUUUCUUCUACUUCGUCGACUUCCAGCGGCACAAUGCAGAGAUCGCUGCCUUCCACCUUGACAGGAUCCUGGAUUUCCGCCGGGUGCCCCCCACCGUCGGGAGGUUGAUCAAUGUCACCAAGGAGAUCCUGGAGGUCACCAAGAACGAAGUCCUGCAGAGCGUCUUCUUCGUCUCGCCAGCCAGCAAUGUCUGCUUCUUCGCCAAGUGCCCCUACAUGUGCAAGACGGAGUACGCGGUGUGCGGGAACCCCCACCUCCUGGAAGGGUCCCUCUCCGCCUUCCUGCCCUCCCUCAACCUGGCACCACGACUCUCCAUCCCAAACCCCUGGAUCCGGUCCUACUCAUUUGACGGAAAAGAGGAGUGGGAGGUGAAUCCGCUCUACUGCGACACCGUGAAGGAGAUCUACCCCUACAGCAGCGGCAACCGGCUGCUGAACAUCAUCGACAUGGCCAUAUUUGACUUCCUAAUAGGGAACAUGGACCGCCACCACUACGAGAUGUUCACCAAGUUUGGGGACGAUGGCUUCCUCUUGCACCUGGACAACGCCAGGGGGUUUGGGCGGCAUUCCCAUGACGAAACCUCCAUCCUGGCCCCGCUCACCCAGUGCUGCAUAAUAAAGCGGAUGACGUGGUUGCGACUGCAGCUCUUGGCGGAGCCUGAGUACCGGCUCAGCGACGUGAUGAGGGAAUCGCUCCUGCAGGACCCCCUGGCACCCGUCCUCACCGAGCCCCAUCUCUUGGCUCUGGACAGGCGGCUGCAGCUCAUCCUGAGGGCUGUGAGGAAAUGCAUAGACACCUACGGAGAAGGCAGGGUGGUGGCCAACGACACCACGCUGCCCGGGGCUCCCACGUCGGACAGGGCCAAGCUGAGCACGUAAAGUCCUGAACUCGCACUCAGAGGCAGGGGAGACCCCCGUGAGGCAAGGGGCACGUUUUAAUAGCUGGUAAUUUCCACCUACAAAUUGUGCUUCCUCUGCCUGUGAGACUGGAAGGAGAAACUCUUUGGGAGAUCUUCAAGGAUUGUGCUGUGGCCUGGCUGUGGCACCCCGAGGUGUGAGCGCCCCGGGGAGGGACGUGUCCUGGGGGGCACGCGUGGCUCAGCCUGCCCAGGAUCUCGGCCUUGCCAUGAAGGACACAGACUAGAUCCAAGGAUGAGGCUUGAAUAAAGAGAUGCCAAGAGCAUUUUCCUCUUACCAA